AUGGACGGCAUGGGCCAUAUGAGCAUGUCCAUGGUCUUCACCACCGACCACUCCACCCCACUCUACUCCUCCGCCUGGACACCGACCACCGCCGGAGCUUACGCCGCCACAUGCAUCUUCAUCGUCGUCCUCGGCAUCAUCAGCAGAAUGCUCUUGGCCUACCGAGGCAAGCUGGAAGCCGCCUGGCACGACAAAGCCGUCAAGCGACGAUACGUGAUGGUGGCAGGCGAGCCCGAAGCAGAGAGAGAUUCUCCCGCCGAGAAGAACGACGAGGCGACUCUGACCACCCGAGGAAUCAACGAGAGAGUGCGCGUUGUGCAGAGGACUCGACAUGCGAUGCAGGGCACGCCGUGGAGAUUGAGCACUGAUCUGCCGCGAGCGUGUAUCUUCACGCUACAGGCUGCUGUUGGAUACUUUCUUAUGCUGGCAGUCAUGACGCUGAAUGUCGGAUACUUCAUGUCAGCACUGGCAGGACUCUUCGUCGGCGAAUUGAUGGUCGGACGCUACACCAUGAUUGACGUCGAGCAUCACUGA